CCACCACUUCCAAAAGGGACAUUGAGAAUGGAUCAGCCAGCUAAUUUUCCUCAUGGAUUUGACCCCAAUUUAAGGGCCAUAUGAAGGAAAAUAAAAAACCGAGUCCUUAGAGGAGGCCAGAAGCCUAGUGAAGAAGCUUCCUUUGGCUUUUCUUCUCUCUUUGAUUCCCUUUUCAAUUAUAUUUCCUUGUUGGGUCAAAAAACUCCAAAGUUUGAAGCUUCCUCUACCAACCCUUUUCUUCCCUUUGCAACUUCCCCAAUCUCAGACACGCCCACAAAUUCCCAACAAGUUUUCACAGUUUCUUGGAUUUGGUUUGGUCUGAGAUGAGCUUUGAAGAUCUUGAAUGGGGUCGGACCAGGCCAGGCCAAAGCCCUUUGGCCUUGGCAACAAAGAGGCGGGAAGAGGAUGACUCUUCACAGGCCGUGGCGGCAGGCGUUUUCAGAAUCAACACUGCCGUUUCGGCCUUCUAUCGCCUUGUCAAUUCGCUUGGGACUCCCAAGGACACGCUCGAGCUCCGUGAAAAGCUGCACAAGACAAGGCUACAUAUUGGGCAGUUGGUGAAAGAUACUUCAGCAAAGCUUAAGCAAGCAAGUGAAAAUGAUCAGCAUACUGAAGUUAGCGCUAGCAAGAGGAUUGCAGAUGCUAAGCUUGCAAAAGAUUUUCAGGCAGUUCUUAAGGAAUUUCAAAAGGCUCAAAGGCUUGCAGUUGAGAGGGAGACGGCAUAUACUCCUUUUGUUCCCAAGGAAGUUCUGCCAUCCAGUUAUGAUGCACGCGAGCUGGAGAUAAGUUCAGGGAAGAAUCUCGAGCAACAAGCUGUUCUUUUGGAAUCUAGAAGACAGGAAGUUGUGUUAUUGGACAAUGAGAUCACCUUCAAUGAAGCCAUAAUUGAAGAAAGAGAGCAAGGAAUCCAAGAAAUUCAGCAACAGAUUGGUGAGGUGAAUGAAAUUUUCAAAGAUCUGGCUGUACUGGUCCACGGACAAGGAACUAUGAUUGAUGACAUUAGUUCAAACAUCGAGAAAUCCCAUGCUGCAACUGGACAAGCUUCUACCCAACUGGAGAAAGCAUCCAAACUCCAAAAAUCUAAUUCCUCUCUGAGCUGUUUGCUGCUGGUGAUUUUCGGGGUAAUUCUGAUCAUUGUGGUCAUAGUUGUGGUAGCAUGAGCAGAGCAGAGCUGAGCAGAGCAGUGAAUUUGAAGGGCAUGAUCUCUAUUAAUUUCCAAGGUGGUAUUUCCCUUAACAAAGAGGCACUGCCACUUAAUGUACAGUCAUUAGUACCAUUCUACAAGGGGCUCUUCUACACCAUAUCUUUGUAUAUGAUCAUGAUCAUGGCCAUAUCAAUAAAUUUGAAAUUCUUUUCAUCUCCCUAUUUAUCCUUGUUGAAUUAAAAUUUUCCCUACUCCAAGAACAAGAUUUGGUGCCAUUGAUGGCUUCUUUGAUGGGUUGUAAUUGUAAAGCAUAAAAUGUGUAGUCUAUCUUCUCAUAUAUUGUUGCC